UUUUUUCAGGGGAGAGUGCAAACGCGGUCCUCCACUACCACAAAUCAUGCAGUCGAGUUUCCCACAUUUGGGGAAAUCGCAGGGGUCAGCACAUCCGGAGUGCAAUGGAUAAGCCUCGCCCUGGGAAAACCACCCUCUUGAUCAUGGCAUCUCCCCCGCCAGAUAAGUAUCCAAAGUUAAAGCUUAACACAUGUACAGAAGUGUGCUUGAUAUGUAAACCUACAGUCCAGCUACUUAACGCAAACACCUGUAGAGCUACCAGCCCGGUCAAGAGAGAAAGAGGCUCUGCUUUUGUCACAGGAGUUGGGGGCCUUCAGCUGGGAAUUCUUGGAUUUGGGCCUUGGCAACCACACUUUGCAGGUGAAGCUACAGAGGUUCAGAGCUCCUGCUGUGACUUGCCCAAGAUCACAGAGCCUAGAAGGUGAGAGAUAGAGAGGGAAGGAGAGAGAAGAGGGGAAAGGGAGAGAGAAAGAUUCUUAUCCAAAGGUCGCAUAGCUAAAACCUACAGCCUGUUGAAACAACAAACUAAACCCCAAUGAGCAAAACUGCCCUUUUUGGGGUGUUUACUGUUUGCAAGGGGCCAUGUGCCAAGCCUCUGAGCGGCGGCAGCAACAUUCUGCCAUUUAUGGGGUGAUAACUCAGUGCCAGGCACCUUGGUCCUUUGCGUAAUCAUCUCACUUAAUUCUGCCAACCACCCUACGACGUGGAUCUCGAGCCCAUUUUACCGACGAGGAGACUGAGGCCUGGAGCUCCGCGCAGCCAGGUCCAGGCCGCCGCGCUCCACGGGAGGCUGGGGAGGACCGAGUGGCGCGCAAGGAGUUAAGCGGGAGGCAGCGCUGUGGCUCCGGCGAGGAGAGCGCCGGGCUGAAGCGCGCUGCUGGCGGCGGCGCGGGGAGCUGGGGCUGGAGACGCGAAGUCCUGGGCAGCCGGCGAGGCGGCGAGAAGGCAGCGCGCGACAGGCCGGGCCACUUCCUCUGCCUCUGCCCGCCUCCCCGGCUCGCCGGCUGGCGUCGCCACCGCCUCCUCGUCCCCGGCCACCGCUGUCGCCCGCCGCUGCUGCAAUCCAGGGCGCACGCUCUCGCACUUUCCCGCUGGCGGCGCGGAGGAUGCCCCUUGCAGCAGUCGGGGAGAAAUAGCCUUGGGCCAGGCUGGAGGACCCUGGGUGGCGAGGAAGGAAAUCCGGGCUCCGCUUCCCUUGAUGGCACUGCAGCAGCUGGCUGCUGGGACGGCGCCCACGAAACGGGCUCGCCAAGCUGGACGCGGGAGGCGCCGACAGGGACCCCAGGCGCAGGCUGAGCUCCGCAGGCAGAGUUUGCAAGUGGCUGGGACUCCUCAGGCCCUGUGCGUGGAUCACCUCAUUGAAGCCGACAGCCAUAUCCUGAGAUCUCCUCUGAGGAUCAGAGGUGAAGUGAGUUUGCCCAGAGCCACACAGCUAGGAGUGGAGCCAGCUUGCCUGACUUCCAGGUGGCAGCCCUAUCCCCUGGUGCUUGACUGGAUGGAGGCUAUCAGCUUCAGUUCCCAGAAGGCGGACACACGGAGGUUGGUCCCCAGCUGUGGGAGAGACCAGAGUCAAGGCCCUCAGUGAAUUCUUCCUGCUCCAACAGGCCUGAGAAGCCGAGAACAGGGAGGGAGUGACUCCUGGGCUGGCAACCCUUGGACCCCUCUCCAAUGACUACUUUUGGAGUCCCUGGGACCUCCCUGAGGUGAAGAACGAGAUGUAGGAAAAUGGAGUUACCUGCUAUGUGUCCCCUUUCUUGGCCCCAGGAAGCUCACCUUGACAUUGGGAGGCCACUGAGCUCUGUCCUCCUUCCUCUUGGCCUCAGCCAAGAGCUGGACUUGCCCUCUCACCGCGGCCUCGGCGCCCCCCUGUGCAGAGGGAGUAAGUUUGUGGAGCCCCAAGGGUCCCAUCCUUAAGGGAAGCUUGGGUAACCAAGCCUCCUCCCUCCCGUCUCCACCCUGCCAGCCCAGCCAGGCCGGAAUGAUCCCGCUAUGGCCAAGCUCUGGUUCAAAUUCCAGCGGUACUUCCGCAGGAAACCCGUGCGCUUCUUUACCUUCCUGGCUCUCUACCUGACUGCCGGGAGCCUUGUCUUCCUGCACUCUGGCUUCAUGGGUCAGCCAGCCGUCUCCCAGAACCAGGCCAACCCCGCCGCGGGAGGCCCGGCCGAGGGCGCCGAGCUGCCCUUCUUGGGUGACUUGCACCUGGGCAGAGGCUUCCGCGACGCGGGUGAAGCCUCAAGCAUCGCCCGCAGGUACGGACCCUCCUUCAAGGGCAAGGACUCCAGCGAGAGAACCAAGCUGGGCGACUACGGCGGGGCCUGGAACCGCGCCCUCAAGGGGAGGGUUGUCCGGGAGAAGGAGGAGGAGCGAGCCAAGUACAUCGGCUGCUACCUGGAUGACACCCAGAGUCGGGCCCUGAGAGGUGUGUCCUUUUUUGACUACAAAAAGAUGACCAUCUUCCGUUGCCAAGACAACUGUGCGGAAAGGGGUUACCUGCACGCCGGGCUGGAGUUCGGUGCGGAGUGCUACUGUGGCCACAAGAUCCAGGCAGCCAACGUGAGCGAGGCCGAAUGCGACAUGGAGUGCAAGGGCGAGCGCGGCAGUGUGUGCGGCGGGGCCAACCGCCUGUCGGUCUACCGGCUGCAGCUGGCCCAGGAGUCAGCCCGCAGGUAUGGAAGUGCGGUAUUCCGAGGCUGUUUCCGCAGGCCCGACAACCUCUCCCUGGCCUUGCCUGUGACAGCCGCCAUGCCAAACAUGUCUGUGGACAAGUGUGUAGACUUCUGCACGGAGAAGGAGUACCCGUUGGCGGCUCUCGCGGGCACCGCCUGCCACUGUGGGUUUCCCACCACACGAUUCCCCCUCCACGAGAGAGAAGACGAACAGCUCUGCGCCCAGAAGUGCAGCGCGGAGGAGUUUGAGAGCUGUGGGACCCCCAGCUACUUCAUUGUGUACCAGACACAGGUCCAAGACAAUCGCUGCAUGGACAGACGGUUCCUUCCGGCCAAGUCCAAGCAGCUCAUCGCUCUGGCCAGCUUCCCGGGUGCCGGCAACACGUGGGCCCGGCACCUCAUCGAGCUGGCCACCGGCUUCUACACGGGCAGCUACUACUUCGAUGGUUCUCUGUACAACAAAGGGUUCAAAGGUGAGCGGGACCACUGGCGCAGCGGGAGGACCAUCUGCAUCAAGACCCACGAGAGCGGGCAGAAGGAGAUCGAGGCCUUCGACGCCGCCAUCCUGCUCAUCCGCAACCCCUACAAAGCUCUCAUGGCAGAGUUCAACCGCAAGUAUGGCGGCCACAUAGGCUUUGCGGCGCACGCGCACUGGAAGGGCAAAGAGUGGCCGGAGUUCGUGCGCAACUACGCCCCCUGGUGGGCCACGCACACGCUGGACUGGCUCAAGUUCGGCCGGAAGGUGUUGGUGGUGCACUUCGAGGACCUGAAGCAGGACCUCUUCGCGCAGCUGGGCCGCAUGGUCAGCCUGCUGGGCGUGGCCGUCAGGGAGGACCGGCUGCUGUGCGUGGAGAGCCAGAAGGACGGGAACUUCAAGCGCUCGGGGCUGCGCAAGCUCGAGUACGACCCGUACACGGCCGACAUGCAGAAGAGCAUCUCGGCCUACAUCAAGCUGGUGGACGAGGCCCUCAAGGGGCGCAACCUCACGGGCGUGCCCGACGACUACUACCCGAGAUGAUGCCUCGGCGCGGGGGAGGGGCGGGAGCCCUGAGCACGCCCUGGUGACCCUCACUGACCUGUCCUCUCUUUGGUUUGGGGACCUCCCAUCCCCCUGGCUGCGGUGGCCUUCAGCGAGUUUCCUGCAUGACAGAGGAGGCUCGAGGGAAGACUGUCCAGGCACCCACCCCGCUCUCCACUGCUUCCCCUGGAGAUCCGGGCUGCCUGGUUUGGGGCGUUCCGGCCACAUGGACCCUUUUCUCUCGCACACCCACCUGCCCCUGUGUCCCUGCCUCCACCACUCUGGGUUCCCCUGCUGGGAGGGCCGGCUCCUCAUUCUCACGGAGACGUGCUGGGCCCUGCCUGCCCCCAGCAGCAGUUGCUGAGGACUCACGUGACAGCUCCCCAGGCCUCAUCUGUGGGCUGAGAUGUGCCCCCCUUUCCUUCUCUGCUCAGGAAGCCCUGGCUCUGUCUGCAUCUCAGGCCACCCUCUGUGGGGAAGAAGGACUACUGGACGUGUCCUCGGGGCCUUGGGUGCCUGACACUCUGGGUAGAGUGAGGAGACAGUGGUGCUCACGGGAGGUGGACCGGCACCACCACCUGGCACGUCCUUGGCACUGUAAACCCAUCCCCCAGCCACUCUACAGCUGAGGAGCCGGCUGGUAGCUUUUCUACUCGAGGGUUCCAAUCUUGCGCUGUUCUUCCUCUGUGUCUAGGAGGUGAUGUUGGAAGUCCUUUAUCCCCCUCCCAGGGUCCCUUGGGCAGCAUCGGCUAACCCCACACGAUGCCAUGCCCAGAGUUUGGGUAAGCGUUAGAGCCCCAGGGACACAUCUGUCCAUUGUGGGCUCCAACACAUCGGUCUUACACUGCCCUCCUGACCCCUACCAGUGGGUCCUUUGCUAUUCAGCUGAUAGAGCAAGAGUGCUCAAAUCAGGUGGAACCACACCCAGCAGAGACUCCUGCUACCUUCCUAGACAGCCAGCCUCCCUUCUUCAGAGCCCCACAGGACCAGCUUCCCCUGAGGGCCCUUUAAAGAAUGGGGGUAAUGAACGGCUCAUCGUUUCCAUUAGACCGCUGCUCUCUUAACGCCGAGACACCAAACCAAAGGAUUUCUGAGGACCUGAGUCACUGAGCAUCUGUUUUAAAGCAUUGAUCCAGGACCCCAUUCUCUCCCAAUGGCUUCACACUCAGCCCACGUUUGCAGCAUCCCCAUCCUGUAGAUGCAAAAGCCAUAGGUCACAGCCUCUUUGCUCUUCUGUCUGGAGUGCCCCCGGGUAAAUGCUCAUUCCCAGAGAGCAAAGGGGGUAUGGAGAAGGCGAGCGAAAAGAGUAUAUUUUUUUAGGAGGAAUAUGACCAAUACAUUCCGCCCCCUUGGGCCCUGGCCAUGCAGAGAGAAGGCACGAGGAGUGGGCCCGAGCUAUCCUUCUCCAGGAUCCCCCAUCUAUAGGAUUUGGGCCACCCCAUGGCUCAGCCCGUGGGCUCUGAAUGUAUUUUGUACCGCAUUUCUUUCCCCCAGCUGAUUUCUAGUCUUUCGUGAAGCUGUGGAGAGCUUGGCCUCCCUUCUCACACGGAGACCAGCUCUCUCUGGAAGACUCUUGGUCCAAGAGCUGGGCCAGUUCUUUGCUGGUGGUCCCUCUGGCCACAGGCUUGUGUCUGAAGAUUCCUCAGGUCAACACUAUCAUUAAAUUCAAGUUUUGUUGAUAAUUCUA